UAAUAAUAAUAAUCACAGCAUUUGGAUUGACAACCUGACGGUGAGAUUCUUGCAUUUGUUGAGCUCUCUCCUCGACCCAGGGAGUCCUCCGGCCCCAGUAGAGACUGCCCAUCAGUUUCCUGGUCAUCUCCAGAUCCAUAGUACAUCUCGGGGGGAGCGACACCGGAGUUCAGCAUGCUCUCCUCAACAUCUUCACAUUUAAUAUCCAGCGGAUCGCCAGCUUUCGGAGGCUGACCAAACAGAAACCCACCCGAGGAAGUGGGACCAAAGGCGCCUGCUGGAGCUCCUUGCAGGUACACCUCUGGCCCACCCUGGCUCUGAAACACCUGUUGAGCUAUGACAGCUCCGCCCAUGGAGGAGUAGGUAACAGCCGGCCGGUUCGCCAGCACCCUGUCCAUCACGUCAUAGAACUUCCAAGACCUCAUUUUGUGGUUGUCCUUAAUGCGGCGGUACUCCAGCUUCAUCUUUUUGAUCUUCUCCCUGCACUGGUCACCGGUACGGUAGAUGCCCUUCUCGCGCAAAACGUGCGCUAUGCGGUCGAACACCCGCUGGUUGCGCAAUGAGCUCUCCAACUCAAUCUGGACCGACUCGUCGGACCACAGCUGGAGCAGCUCCACUAUCUCCGGGUCGGUCCAGUUGCUGCCUCGCUCGUGCCUCCUGCCGCGGAAGUCCAUCGUCUCAAGUUACAGGAAGUAUUCUGCAACACAAGACGGCGGGAUAAGAUGAAGAAACACGAGCGGCCACCUCUGCCUCGGAACACCUAGACCCGUUGCUUAAACGGGUCACGUGUUAUUCUUGAUGUACAGUUUAUUUACACAGUAAACGCACGGUAUUUACCCACUUGUGUUCUCUGACCGUAAAUCAAAAGUGUAGCUCUUCGGGAGCGGAUUGUUUCGGGGCUGUCACUCAGAUGUGACAGCCGCGUAGGCACAACAGACAUGUCACGGCUGGUUAGCCCGGUUUGAAAUGUGCAGAGCUUUGUUUAAACUUGGUAAGAUAUACACUUCAUCGAGGGCGAAUUUGUCAUAACUUGGCAAUAUGGGGAAUUGAGCAUACAGCCAGUGGAAUGGACGCGUGCAAAAACAUCUACAUCCGGGUUGACGGCACAUGCGUGCUGUUCCUUAUUCCGGGAUAACUUUGGUCCGUGCUAGGGGGGAGCUGCUGAAAGCGGGCUGUGUGACGGGUAGAGGACACAUAUGCGAGUCAGACCAGGAUGUGCUAUGGCCCCCUCUACCGUGCGGUGUGCUUUGUCACCCACGUGUGCGAGUUGAAGAGAUAUCCAGAAGAUGGCGGUCACACACAGAGCUACGAACAAUUGUUCUAAUGGGCUAUCUGGAAAACAAGUAUGUGUGUUUUGUGUAUAAACGCAGCACAGUAAUCCCGUAUAACGACAAAAUAACGACGAUAGCGGGUUGAAAUCAACGCAAACAACCAUUAUUCUUAAUAAAAAAGUUCUGUCUUACCAUUAGCAAAACAUUAAUCUAAGCUUUGUAGGUAAAUAUAAUUCCCUUGUGUAAAUAUAUACGUUUUACUGUUGUACAUCAUGAAUUGUUAAUUUAAUAAUACACCACAACAAAUAAUUAGAUUAUUAAUUUGACCUACUUACGAAGGUUACCUGUCAAUGGCGAAUAUAAAGUAAAUAAACGUGACCUUAGGUAAGUGUUCCUCUUUCGGGUUACAUAAAAACAGUCACCCGCCCCUUUCACCGACCACGGUGAGGCAAAUCAAGCACACGCGACCGACUAGUCGACCCCAAACGUGACGUAUUUCCUGGAGAAAUUGGUUUGUGGCAGUUUGUUGUCAUCUCCAUACAGUACUGAACCGUUGUAUAUAUUAUUGCCACGUAUAGCCCCAUCAUUCUCCGUUUUUUUUUCCUCCCAUCCGUGUAUUUAUUUUGUGUGUGAAUUAAUGCCAGCAUAACGCUGACCUAGCCGGCAAAACAAGUCAUGUGAAACAACUGAACAAAGCACACUCAGAAGACAGCAUGGUGAUGGUGGUGGCAAGUUGGUGGAGGGUAACGCGCAAGACUGGAUGGGUGUAUUCAGCACCUGGAUGUUAGGAUGCGCGUGAUCGGAUCGCAUCAUUAUUAUUCAUCUUUUGGACUAAGCAGAGGACGCACCGCCUCAGGUGAGGCGUAAAGUUGAAAGUCAAACCUCAGGAGAAGAGGAGAGUCUCCGCCCGGAGGAGGAAGAAGAAGAUAAUGAGGAGGCAGAACGUCUCGUGUCCUUUUGGCAUCGUAGUUUCUGUAAAAGCCGCGACUUAAAGCUCGAUGUGUUCAAAGCAGGGAGGGGAGUGGGUGGGAACAAUCGGAGUAGUCGCGGAAAGCCUGACGGCUUUUCUCGCGUAAAGUCUCUCUGCCAGCGCUGCCGACAGCUCGCACCAGUCUUCCCAGUUAGGUGAAUCCUUCCCCAGUGUGGAUAACGAGCUUUCUUCAUCCAAUACAGGUGGAUCUGUUUAUUGGAAGGAGACAUGACUUGACCGGCUCGUCCGCAGCGCUUCCUCGCUGAAGUUUAUUGUUGGACACUGUUCUACUUCGCUGCUGUGAGGUGGAGCAGCCCCAUUCUGCCUGGGUAAGCGGUGACAGACGGACGGAGAGACUGCCCCGUGAAGUGCGCUCCCUUUUCAUGGAUGCCAGGGUGGCCCUGCUGCACUUGUGGACAGCCCUUGUCCUGCUGACAAAAGAAGUGAAGUGGAUCGAUGCCGCAGAGGUCUACACCAACACCUGGGCCGUCCAGAUCAAUGGGGGGCCGGAGGAAGCCGACCGCAUCGCCGGGGAACACGGUUUCAUCAACCACGGCAACGUCCUGUGGGCGGAGCAGCAAGUGGUGAAAAAAAGGAAGAAGAGGGAUAUCUAUGAAGACCCGACGGACCCAGAUUUCCCCAAGCAGUGGUACCUGUCCACCCCAACGCAUCAGGAUCUGAAUACUAAAGUGGCCUGGGCUCAAGGCUACACAGGAAAAGGUGUAGUGGUGACUAUCCUGGACGAUGGCAUUGAGAAAGACCACCCUGACCUCGUCAACAAUUAUGACCCUGAGGCCAGCUACGAUGUGAAUGACGGAGAUGCUGACCCACAACCAAGAUACACGCAGCGAAAUGAAAACAGACAUGGAACGCGAUGUGCAGGAGAAGUUGCAGCAGCAGCCGACAACGGUGUGUGUGGGGUCGGUGUGGCCUAUGACGCUAAGAUAGGAGGAGUUCGUAUGUUAGAUGGGGAGGUGACGGACGUGGUGGAGGCCCACUCUCUGAGCCUGAACCCGCAGCACAUCCACAUUUACAGCGCCAGCUGGGGCCCAGAGGACGACGGCAAGUCACUGGACGGUCCUGCCAAGCUGGCGAAGGAGGCUUUCCUCCAGGGAAUCACCAAGGGCCGCGGCGGACAAGGCUCCAUCUUUGUGUGGGCCUCGGGUAAUGGUGGCCGGGAGCAGGACAGCUGUAACUGUGACGGCUACACCAACAGCAUUUACACCCUUUCCAUCAGCAGCACCACGCAGUCCGGCAACGUGCCGUGGUACAGCGAGCCCUGCUCUUCCACCCUCGCUACUACCUUCAGCUCUGGAAACCCUGGGGAGAAACAGAUAGUGACCACAGACCUGAGGCAAAAGUGCACAGACUCUCACACGGGGACGUCCGCCUCUGCCCCGCUGGCUGCUGGGAUCAUUGCUCUGGCUCUGGAUGCCAAUAUGAACCUGACCUGGAGGGACAUGCAGCACCUGGUGGUGAGAACGUCCCGGCCCGGACACCUCAGCGCCGGAGACUGGAAGACCAACGGAGUGGGACGCAGAGUGAGUCAUUCGUACGGCUAUGGGCUUUUGGAUGCAGGUGUCAUGGUGGCUUUGGCACAGAACUGGACCACAGUGGGACCACAGCAUCAGUGUGUUCACACCAUGCUUGCAGAACCAAGAGACAUCGGGAGCAAGCUGGUGUUCAGCAAGAGCGUGGAUGCCUGCUGGGGCCGACCGGAGUACGUCAACUCUCUGGAACAUGUUCAGGCUCGCCUCACUCUCUCCCACAACCAGAGAGGAAAAUUGGCCAUUCAUCUCAUCAGCCCACUGGGCACUCGCUCCACCUUGCUGUUUCCCAGGCCCAAUGACUUCUCCUCUGAGGGAUUCAACGACUGGGCCUUUAUGACCACGCACUCAUGGGACGAGGAUCCUCAAGGGGAAUGGACACUGGAAAUAGAAAAUGUAGCAGCUAAUGGACGAGACUUCGUUGUGUUAAGUCAGUUCAUCCUCAUCCUGUGGGGUACUGGACCCAGCGUCGUCAACCCCUCCUCAUCUGACUUCCCUCGGCCGUCCAACAACAGCUGCAAGACCUUUGAUGCCCAGCAGAUCUGUAUCGAGUGCAGCCCCGGCUUCUCCCUCUUCCUCCAGGGUUGUGUGAAGUUAUGUCCGCCGGGCUUCACCUCGGGCCCGCAGCUCCUCAACCUCUCCCUGGAGAACUGGGUGGACUUGUCCUCUGUCCAGGCCUGCCUACCAUGCAACCCCGCCUGCCUCACCUGCUCUGGCACCGGCCCUACAAACUGCCUGUCCUGCCCGCCUCACAGCCACCUAGUUCUCACCUCCUGCCUGCACCAGAACCAGGUCCAGCGUAAAUCCCCACUAGUUGGGGGCCUCCAGGUUGACAGAGCCCAGCCAGAGGGGGAGAUCCCAACAGCAGUGGACGACAGCGGAGGAGGCGAGGAACCUCCGGGGCUCAGUGUCGCCCCGUCCACUCGGCUGCCUGCGGUCGUUGCCGUGCUCAGCUGUGCCUUCAUCCUGGCUGCCUUCGUCGGGGUCUUCUUCCUGCUGCAGAUGCGCUCAGGCGGCGCUUCUUUGGGCUGGAGGACCAAACAGCCCUCUGUGUAUUCAGAGACGGGGGUGCGGAUGGGCUGCGGUUUUGGCUGCGGCCAAGGAAAGGAGAGGAAAGCACGGAUAUGCUACAGGGGGAUCCCCACUGUGUGGGGGGAUGAGGACACGAUCGCCUACCAGUCUGAAUCAGACAGCGAGGAAACGGACGGUCACGGCGAGAGGACAGCUUUCAUCAAGACCCAGAGCACGAUCUAGCUGAACCUGCGUCUGCUGUUGUGUUGACUGACAUCACAGCAUCCUGGGUCUCAUCAGCAUUUAGAUCUGACUGUAUAGAGCUGAUACAAGAAAGAGAAUCACACAGGCUCAGAAAAAACACAGGCCUUACUCUCCCAUCAGCACCCCAUCCAAAUGCAUUAAAGAGACAAUUAUUUGUUUAUGUAUUUAUUAACAUUUGUUAAUUUAUCUAAUUUGAUUAAUAUCAGAUGACAGAUGUAUUCAUUAUCCAUUUGACUCUUUGUCACCAAUUUGAGGUGUUAUGCAACUGUGUUAUUUUUUUUUUUGUUUAAUGACCUGCUUGACCAUAUUUUGUCCAGUAUCGCACUUCAAUAAAGUUGAGGCACUUACAAGAGAAAUCAGAAUCAAAGCAGCAGAGGCCAAGACGUCCUGGCUUUUAGUCCCAAGUAUAGUUAAAAUACCAUGAAUCCUACAUCUGCCUGUUGGAGCCCCUCUGCCUGUUCAAUGCCCAUGAUUUUCAAGCUCCACACCCCCAGUUCCUGAAAAAGAUUCGAGUCUACAAGCCCAAUAACCAAUCAGAGCUCAAAAUAACCCCGAUGACAUCAUAUAGUGUUAUUGUUUCAGACUUGUCAAAGCUCCUCCAGAACUACGGAAGAACAUUGUACAACCCUAACAGGCCGAGUAGUGCUUUCUGUGACAAGUAAACUGCUCCUCUAAGCCAGUUGAGUGCAUUACUUUCCCAAAUAUGCAUUGGUUUGUCACCAACACAAACACCUGGCCAUCGGCAGCAAAUCGAUGUUGUAUUUGAUCAUAUUCCUGGCAGAUUGUGGGCCAGCGGUCAUGAAGUUCAGACGCUAUUCAUUAAUAGUAGUAAAACUUUAAAUGGAAGAUUUCUGCAGCGCACUGGGACAGCAUGAUAAAACAUCCUGCCGGCUGUUUGAUGAGCGAGAAACUGUGGAGGAUGCUCUGUGUUCAAUCAAUGCUCAGUGGGGAUUGCCACCGCAGCGCAGACACAAAAUCUCAUUGACUUGUAGUAAAGUAACACUCUGUUUGAAUGAAAUGAAAAUAACAGUAAAACUGCUC